AUGUCUUCACCUUUGAAAAAACUGAACCACGCAGUAUCGCAUAGACGUGAUUUCAGAAAAACUCGCGGGCGAGAUGAAGGCAGGUCCCUUUACGUGAAACAGUAUGAGCGGUACCUGGACGUUUUACAAAAAUAUAUCAAUGAAAUUAAUAGAAAAGAUGUUGUAGAUUCGGAAGAAGCCGAAUGGGGAAAUUUAGAAGGUUCUUUCGUGGGUAAUACUUUUUGGACUACAGAUGAAAAACAUUCCUUUUUUGAAGGACUUGCAAGCAAAAGCCCUUCGCAUGUUCAGCAUUACAUUGACGCUUUGGACACAGAAUUACGCUGGCUGAAAAAUCACGUUGAUUCUUCUACUCGGAGCCGAUGCCUAAUCAAGUACGAAGAUAUUCCUGCUUCAUCUGAAAUGAGUUCUGAAUGGGUUGAAUGGGAGGAAUAUUGCUCUCAACGACUUAUUAGCGCUUUAAAUAAAAUAAGCUCUGAGAAUGAGAUAAAGGAGUCCUCCAUCAACCUUGAAGCAAAUGGAAGAUCAGAAAGCGAGUCGUUAAAGCCAGAAGUCUUGUUUAACGUUCCUAUGAUGGAAAAACUAUGCUCUCAAUUCUAUUAUAAUGAAAUGUCUGAGCUUGACAGUGAAGAGAAAAAACCAACUUAUUAUACCUCGUUGGUUUUACAGGAACUUCUAAACGUAGUGAAGCAGAAGACAAAAGAGUUGGUUUUAAAUUCAGCUUUUUUGGCUGAGCUUCGGUUUGGAAAACUGGAGUCAAGCGCUGUGUUUCAUCGAAAUGCAUCUAUUCGUUACCGAGACGUGGAGCUGUCAGCAAGAUUAUCUCAAUUUGAUCGGUUCAAUAUUCCUGGGUUUUGGAAAUAUCUUCCUUUUCGACAAAAGCUACGAGUUCUUAAGCAGAACAAAAGGUUGAAACCGCAAACUUUCAUCGAAAUUUUGUCCAGAGAUGAGGAGUUUAUCCGCCAUCGCCAAGGAAGAGCACGCUUGAGGAAAAAGCAUGAUUUGAAUAUGGAAGAACAGUUAUCAUCCAAUAGUAAAGACUCUUCCUCGGUUGACUGGGAAUCCGUGGUGCCUCCUACCCCUCCUGAAGCAAGUUCUGAUUCCGUUGAUGAUGCUUCUGCUAAUACGGAGAGCUAUACGAGUAUGCCUGAUAGCACUGACAGUCCUGCUGAAGAAGACGAGGAAGACGACAUCAAUAUGUAUGAUAGAGUACAGUCUAGAGCACACGAAAAGUCCCUUAUAAACUAUGUGAUAAGUAAAGAAACCGAACCUUUGAGUGAAGAAUGCGAGCAGAUCGCUUUGCUUGAAUUAGCUGUUCAAAGAGAACUUACUAGAAAGGUAAGUACAAGCGAUGAUACUGUUCAUGAUCCGUCGUCUAGCUAUCCGCAUAGCUCGCAUACUGUCGAUGAAGAAUCCGAUUCUGACGACGAUGUUCAACCAAUUUGCUAUUACUAUAAAAAUCCUAUUCCGACGGAGUCAAUAUCCGAGGAUGUUGAAAAUUUACAAAAACAGUACGUUGGUUUAAUAUCCUAUGACAUGGAUUCCCUUCAGGAACGUAUGGAUCCUCAUGGUUUAUUAGCUCAGCCAGUGUCCUCGUGGGAGUAUUCCUUUCCAUCUGAGUCUGAUGAAAACAGCGAAGAAGCAAAUGCCAUUCCUGAAUCAUAA